AUGUCAACUACCCAAAAAAGUGAAAGUAUUAAUGCUUUUUUUGAUGGGUAUGUUCACUCAAAAACUACACUUAAUCAAUUCUUCAAACAAUAUGAAAAUGCUCUUAAAAGUAAGAUAGAGAAAGAAAGCAAUGCAGAUUUUUGUUCUUUUAAUAUUGUUAUUCCAUGUAUCAUUAGUCUUUCUAUUAAGAAACAAUUGCAGAGAAUUUACACAAAUGAUAUUUUUCAGCGGUUCCAAGAUGAGUUAAGAGGAUUAAUCUUUUGUUGUACUUCCCUUUCUCAGACACAAGGAUCAAUUUCCACAUUUGAAGUUAUAGAAAGUGUGCUAGGAAAAGAUGGAACUCCUUUCGAGGAGAUAAAUUAUGAGGUUCUCUAUAAUGAGACAGAGUGGGACGUGCAAUGCUUAUGUCAUUUGUUUGAGUUCAGGGGGAUUUUAUAUAGGCAUGCAAUCUUAGUGUUGAUUAGGAAAAAGGUAAUUGAGGUUCCAUGUCGUUAUAUUUUAGAGCGGUGGCGGAAGGACAUCAAACGUGGGUACACUGCUCUUAAAAGUGUUUAUGAUGAUGGUAAUGAUGAACAAAGACAGCGCAACAAGAAGCUAACCCCAUUAUUGUUUGAAGUCCAACAACUUGGAAUGGAGUCUAAAGCUAAAUGUGAACUUCUAAUGAAAUUACUUCAUGAGGCAAAGGAAAAACUCCUCAAGGUUGACUGUGUUCACAAGAGUAGUCAAAGUACUCAAGUCUUAACAAUAUCUACAGCUGAAGAUGAUAGUGAAUUAAAAGAGAUACUAAGUUUACAUAAAAGAUUGCUUAAUCCAUUAAAAGUAUGA